UAUAUAUGUCUCUUUCUGGAUAUUGAUUCUUAUUUCUAUACGCAAGUAACGUAACUCCCCACACCAACAAUCUUACCUUCUCUCUCUCUCUCUCUCUCUACUUCUUCAUAGGCACAGGCACAGUGGCAGAAUCUGAGUGAUCCUAAAUCUGCCUUGUAUUCUACUUCACAAAUUCAAAAGAAUUUGAACUCAGCAACUCUCAACCUGGCGCUGUUUAUCUUCAUUGGGAAUAUAUAUGGUGAAGCUUCUGGAAAAAAAUUGCUCAGUUUUUCACUCUGGCCGACCCUCUUCCGGUAAAAUCGUUUGGCUUCUUGAAAUGGGCUAGUGCUGAAACAAGAGAACACCACAUCCAAAUUUCACUUCUCGAUUCUACUUAUUCGCAUUCAUCGGAUUCUACUGUGUCAUUGCUUUGGCGACUGCCUAUUGGUUAUAGCUAAGAUUUCCAUUAUCUAAAAUUGUUCUUUCCAUAAUCUGCAAAGAGCCCUGAUUUCUUGGGUUGAAUUUGAAGUUAUUCAGAAGUGCAUCGAUAUUCAGAAUGGCCUUUCUUAAUUGUUUUUGCUCUUCGUGGAGGAAAAAGAAAAAGAAUAAGGAGAAGGAAGUCAAAACCAUGCACGUGAAGCUCGAGCAUGGCACGAAAACUUCACAGGAUUACGAGUUGAAAUCAACUUCUUUCAGGGUUCCGGUUCCUCUCCAUAUUCCGAGGAGUUCUAGGUGCACAGUUAAGGUGAUGAAUAACGAGAGUUCGGUUGGGGGUGAUGAUGAAGAGAUAGACUACGAAGGGGGAGACGAGCAUGAUGAGAAUUUGUUGAUGAAGAGGGACAACACGGAUAUUGAGUACCGAAAGGUGGUAGAUGAAGAUUCUAAGGCUGGCGUUGAGAUGAUUAGAAGUGGGCAUAUUAGUGAUCCCAGCACUGGGAAGGCGGAGUUUUGUGCUUCUCCAAUACUUAAGCGCUCGUGCUCUGACAUUUUGAUAAGGAAUGUAAAUUACGCGGUGGAUGAACAAAUGCCGCCUUUCAAAUCCAAAUCAUUCGAGGAAAUACAAAGAUUAGCAGAAAAGUUCCAGGACGAAGUUCUAGAUUAUCCUGAGACUCCAGUUUCUGCUAUGACACAAUGUAGCGCAGACAAAGCAAUGUUGAAGAAGCACUCUUCAAGCCAAAUACUUCCAUCCAGAAGUCGAAAAUUGUGGUGGAAACUGUUCCUCUGGAGCCACAGGAACCUGCAUAGAGACGGGACCACAAAACCACAGCCAAUUGCAAUCAAGCCCGCCCUCAACCAACAAGGUGGAUACUGUUCAGACACCAUAGAACCAAGAAAAGCAGAGAAAUUUAGCAAGGAAUGCAAGGGUAAAGACAUCCUUAACAUAGGUAACCAAAGCUGGGAUGGAUUUUAUGGAGUUUCUGGCAUGUGGCCUCAAAACCAGCGGGUUGCUUUUCCUACAGAAUCAUCUCCAUUUGAAAGAAUCGAUUGGGUGAAAGAAAUUUCUGUGCAGCCUCCAUUCGUGGUCGACAGUGGUGAUCACACUGAAGAUGGCACUUUCUUCCCACCCUCUGCUAAGAAUAGUAGAUCACCAGCAAAUCGGAAUCCCGAGGAGAUUAUGUAUGCCAACAGCAUUAUCCAGUCUCUGAAUUCUUCAUCGACUGUGGCACACAUUACAGGCAUUGGACUGAAAGUUAUACCAUCCAUUUCACAUUUGUCUAGCCUUCGAUCAGUCAAUAUGUCUUCCAAUUCCAUAGGUCAGAUAACUCCAGGAUCUCUGCCAAAGGGUCUCCACAUUCUUAAACUGUCCAAGAACAACAUAAGCACAAUCGAAGGUCUGAGAGAAUUAACUCGACUCCGGGUGCUUGAUCUCAGUUACAAUCGAAUUUCUCGAAUUGGUCAAGGGUUGUCGAAUUGUAUGCUCAUAAAAGAGCUCUAUCUUGCUGGAAACAAAAUAAGUAAUGUUGAGGGUCUGCAUAGACUUUUGAAGUUAACCGUCCUGGACUUGAGCUUCAACAAAAUAACCACAACAAAAGCAUUUGGUCAGCUUGUGGCAAACUGCGAUUCUCUGGUUGCUCUAAAUCUAUUAGGCAAUCCUGUUCACAACAAUAUCGGUGAUGAUCAAUUGCGCAAGACCAUAUGCAGUCUUCUCCCAAAACUGGUUUUCCUCAGUAAGCAGCCUAUAAAUCCUAACAAGCUACGCGAGGUAGGCACGGAAGCCAUUGCUAAAGCUGCACUUGGGAAUAGCAUUCGGAGCAUCCGACGAAAAACAGUGAAGAGGGUCAGUCGAGGGGGUUCAUCGUCCUCCACUCUGCACAGGAGCAGUGCAACUGCCGCUCGCCAGAGCAGGCAUGGAGCAAAAAUCCGUUCUAACCAUCACUCUUCUUUGAUGGAAAAGUCAGUUGUGUAUUCUUCCCGUUAGAACUUACUGUUCUUGGAAUACCAGCUUGAAAAUCAGUGUCUUCUUGUAGGAGGAACAGGUUGCUUGCCUAUUGAAUUCUGAAUUUAUAAUUAUAAACCAGCAGUUCUGGAUUAA